CGGGUCUGUUCUUGUCACUUGACAAGUCUGUCACCUACAGCGGCUGAUUUCUUAUUGGAAUAAUGUCAGCUUAGUGCGCUUUUUGUAUUUUUGGGUUUUUUGAAUAAAACUGCAAUGUUCUUAGCAACUAAAUUAAUAGAGCAAAAUGCAAGAAACUUUGCUCCUCGGCUGGCAUCAUGUCACUGUCGGAAAUUGUCCACAGAUCCACACGCCUCGCCGGAAAUCGACAACGACGAAGAAUUUCGAGUUCUAAAUCUUCGCCAAGUUCAAGCGCAAGCACGACCUAAACGAGUCAUUAAAAAGGAUGUUGCAGCACCGCCGCGCGCAAAUAAAAUGCCUGUCGACCAAGACUGGGGAGCUGUUUGGCCCGGUCCGAAAACGUUCCACCCUGCAUCAGUUCCGCUGCCCCUCCGGCAAGGUUACACGGAAAAAGCAGCGGCACCACCUUCAAAAUACGGCAACGCAGAACUUAUGAAAAUUCCCAAUUUCCUGCACUUAACGCCGCCAGUGAUCAAAAAGCAAUGCGAGGCACUCAAGCAAUUCUGCACUCCGUGGCCGAAGGAAAUUCCUUCUGAAGAACAGUGGAACAAACAUUUCCCAAUGGAAGUUAUCACGACUGAUUACUGCCACGGUUUACCGACAAUCCGGAACCCUCUGUCGCGGAUCGUUACCAUCAAGUUCAAAUUGUCUACCCUUAAGCUGGAUAAACACGCCCACGACAAAUUUUUACGACUUGUUGGGGAGCGGUACGAUCCGGAAACGGACGUGCUUACGAUUGUUACGGAUCGCUGCCCACUGCGGAAACAGAAUUACGAAUAUGCACAAUACUUACUGACUGCUCUUUACCACGAGUCCUGGGUCACUGAGCCGUGGGAAUCGCUUAAAUCAGAAGCUGACAUGGAAACGUAUCAUUUCAUUAGGAAUAAGUCUAAAGUGUCAGCCGAGGAAAUACUGAAUUGGGGUAAGACAGAAGGCGGAAAAAAACUUGUGGCGCAUGAGGCAUUCGGGAAAAGUGUAGAAAAUCUAAUGAAUGAAGGCGAGAAUGAAUACAAUAUACAAGCGUACAAGACGGAGGCGCUGAAAUUGUUAGGUUUGCCUAGUUUGAAGUCAACGUCGCCGUAAGUUUGAAUGUUGUUGUAGGUAUUGUUGUAAACCCAAUAAAUUGCGUAAGUACUUCUUCAA